GGGACGGGGAAGGGGCGGCGGGGCCGCCGCGCUGCGGGAGCCUGCGACCUGCCGGCCCUCGGCCCCGCGUCCGUGCGUCCCGCCUCCCGCCGCCAUGACGCUCGCCGUCUUCUUCGGGUGCACCUUCAUCGCCUUCGGGCCUGCGUUCGGCCUCUUCCUCUUCACCAUCGCCCGCGACCCGCUCCGCAUCAUCAUCCUCAUCGCCGGGGCUUUCUUCUGGCUGGUGUCUCUACUGCUCUCCUCCCUCAUCUGGUUUAUCGCGGUCAAAGCCAGCGACCCCCAUGACGAGCCGUUACAGAAGGGGCUCUUGAUAUUUGGGGUGAUGUUCUCUGUGCUGCUGCAGGAGGCCUUCCGCUUCCUGUACUACAAGCUCCUCAGGAAGGCCAUCGAGGGGCUGGUGGCUCUCAGCGAGGACGGCUGCUCUCCCAUAUCCAUCCAGCAAAUGGCAUACGUGGCUGGCGUGGGCUUCGGGCUCAUGAGUGGCGCCUUCUCCAUGAUCAACUUGCUGGCAGACGCGCUGGGGCCUGGCACCGUGGGCAUCCACGGCGACUCGCAGCUCUACUUCCUGACCUCAGCUUUUAUGACCAUGGUGCUGAUUUUCCUUCACACCUUCUGGGGGAUCCUUUUCUUCCAUGGCUGUGAGCAUCGGCGCUGGUGGGAGAUCACGGCAGUUGUUGUCAUGCACCUUGCUGUUUCGGGGUCGACGUUUUGCAACCCCCUAUACGUGGGCAGCCUGGUGCCCUCCUACCUGCUGAUGACCGCUGCAGCUGUCUGGGCUUACCAUCUCUCAGGGGGAUCUGCCCAGAACCUGCGGCGCUUCCUGCUCUGUCUACGGAGCGGAGCCAGCCCUCAGCCAGGAUCCUGAGGCCCCAUGGGAUGCUCCCGUCCCUGGCCACCCCUGCCCUCCCCUCCAUCCUGACGGCAACAGCGGCCACCACCUGCUCUGCAGUAUCUUUUCUCCUGGACUGGGGGACCGUGGCCAGUGCUGGUGGGGUGGGCGCUGGGGUCUGGCUGUGGCAGCCAGCUGACUGCCGUGGCUGAGGCCAGCUUGUUCCCACACCCCUCGGGGAGCCCCUGCAGGACGGCUCAGUUUUGGGAGGGCCUAGCUUCGCUGGCCCUGCCAUGAGCCCCAUUUAAGCCUGCCUGGGAAGGAUGAACUGCCAACAGCCUGAGUCCAAAGAAACCCAUCGCUUCUCCCCGCACCCCAGAAGACAUCCGGACCCCUGUGCUGCAGGGACACCACCCGCGAGGCCCCUCACCACAGAGUGCAGGAAGCAGCUUUGCGAUGCGCUGCUCUGGGUCAGAGAUGAGUGCUGUGCUCUGUGCCCACUGCGACAGCCCAGGCUGGACUGUGGGAGCUGCAGGCAGCAGGCAUCCUGGUGCUGUGAGACCUGAGGGGACUGACAGCACUGAGGAUGGGAGGAGGACUGGGGAAGAGAUGGUACCCAAAGGGCGCAGUGGUCAUGGAGGGUGGUGGAGGGCGCAGGUGGGAAUGCAGCUCUGCAGCUGGGGGCUGGCGCAGCUUGGGGAAGGGGUUCAAGGGGCCAUUCCAGUAGAUCAUUGCUCUCUCCUGUACUUGGAUGGGGAUUUUCAGGCAGGCACCAGCCCUGAUGGUGUGCCGCAGGGCUAAAGGGGAUAAACUGCCGUCAGGCUCAGGGCUGAGAAGGCACUUUUAUCCAGAUUGGGCUUUUAUACCAAUAAAAAGAAG